AACCAUAACUCCCACGUAUGCUUUUUGCCAUAAAUUAAACAUCAAUACCCACCAUCUAUCUGUCACUUUCUCUUCCCAUUUACUACUCCUUUUAUAUAUUUUUAUGAUUCUUUUUCAAAUGCUUCAGAAACAUUGGAAACCAAAGGACAUGGUUUUGUUUCCUCAUGAUCAGUGUCAUAGUAACAGUGAAGAAAAUGUAUGUCUCCAAUUCCAAAGCAGUUUAUUACCAAAGGUGAUCUCAGAAGCAAGCUGCUUUCACUUGUUCUUGAAAAGAAACUUGCAAGAGGGUACGCUAUACUCUCUUUUACUCUCAUGUCUCUACUGAACUUUUGCUUCUGUUGUGCUUCUAGUUUUUCCCUUUUCCUAAUUCUUCUUGGUUUUUACAUAAGUUGGAAUCACUGAAGAAUAAAGAAAGCAAUGUAAACUCUCCCAAUAUUAGAUACCAGAAUAAAUAACAGAGUCAAGAAUUUCCUCAUUUUUGAUGCAAGCUAAAUAUGGAGCUAAGGGAUUUCAUUGCUUACCAAACUGCAGGAACAAAUAAAUCUUCCACCACUUGCUUAAAAAUUUGUUAUUCUGAUGAUUGAUUACUGCAUCCAUUUGUUAAUUAAUUUCCAACUUAAGCACUGUUAAAUCAUGAAAAGAAACAUUGAUCUUGAAGUUGAAGCCUCUGCCGAACACGAAUCUGAAGUUAGCAGCCAGGUUGCAUCCAGUGUCUCUAUCCAAGAAGCCUCAGCAGGUCCUUACAGUGACAGCCUCGAUAACUCUUUCAUCAGGAAUCCAAUCGCAGUUCAUCCUAACUGGGAUGCUGCUUCACUUGACUUAACUCUCAACUUCAAGAACAAUGAGUUAGGGGCAACAAGAGAUUCAUUAGGAUUUUCAUUCUCAACCACUACUAGUGAGAGCAGCAAUGACCCUGCCUCUCAGACCACAGAAUCCACCGCACCGCGAAGUUUCUCUUGCAAUUACUGCCAGCGCAAGUUUUUCAGCUCUCAAGCUCUUGGCGGACACCAGAAUGCUCACAAGAGAGAAAGGACAUUGGCAAAAAGGGCCAUGAGAAUGGGAUUUUUCUCUGAGAGAUAUGCAAGUCUAGCUUCUCUGCCUCUGCAUGGUUCUUUCAGGUCUUUCGGAAUAAAGGCGCAUUCUUCGACAAUGCACCAUGGCUUCUCACCAACAAUAAUGAGGCCUGCUCCUGAGUUGAAAAGCAAUGCAAGAUUUGAGCAAGGAUAUGUUGGCCUUCCAAUGUUCUCGGAGGAUGAUGACUCGGAACUCAUGUGGCCUUGUAGUUUUCGCCAGGUCACAGAUGCUGGCAAAAAUAAUCAUCGGGAGUUCAUACAGACUGGAAAUCCAAAUUUGAGUUUCAGUGAGGUGAGUCCACCAGAAGAGAUAGAGAACUCAACACCAGAUUUGACAUUGAAACUUUGAGGGUGGUUAUUUGGAACUGAACUAGGCUUGAGUUUGUUUUCUAUAUAGUGAUAUUCUUGUACAUAUGGAUAUGGUUAUUUGUGUUCUGUUUGCAUUGGUAUUUUGCUUUGUAUAAGAGCUCUGAGGAGGACAAUUUUUGGAGCUUCCAUGCUUCUCAUAUAAAUGAUGUUUUUCAUUUACUGCAAUUAUUAAGCUUCAUCUAAGUUUUCGGUUGCCACUAGUAGCAUUUUGUGACAUCUUUCUGACGCAAUGUAACAAACACUUGG